ACAAGGAGUUCGACAGUGGAGGGCACCGGGGAAGAAUGACGGUUUUAAUCUUGAGGAUAUUUGUUUACUUGUAUCUGAGUGCAGGUGUGUGGAGUGUCCAUCAGAUCCAGUGGCUGCCUUGUUACUUCAUUGAUGAGCGUUUGUAUUUGAACAAGGACAACCACACAGAGACUCGGGUCAUCCCCAGAGAGGCUAUACUUCAGUUUGGUCAGAAAGGAGAUGCUCCUGUUAACCCAAACGCCAUCACUUUCCUGGUCACCAGAUCAAAGUUGGAUCUGCUGCAGUAUGUGGAGGGGGUGGAGGCAGAGCAGCUGAAGUGUGAGCUGCACAGAUACAGCACAGAGGGCGGUUAUGUCCGCUGGCCUGUCCUCGGUGCCCGGGAGUACAACCACUGGUUUACCUGCAUCCUCAGACACAGCAGGGGCCACUUCGCAGUCACUGGCUCCCUCAGACACCCCUCUGACCAGCCUCCCCCAGGGCAGCCAGACUACCACAACUGGUCUGUCAUUGCUGACAAAGAGGUACUCACCACCGCAGUCGCCAUGGUCAUCAAAACACAGACUCCCUCAGUUAAAGCACGCCUGAAGUCCCAGCAAAAGCUCCACUGCCAGUUUGAUGUUGACCACAAGGGUGCAAAGGUCACUGUAGAGUGGCAUAGGCACCGCCCUGGUGAGAGGACUGAGCUCUUCAGUUACAACAGGCGCACAGGACAGACUGAGGGGAGCGGUGUCGAACUACGUGCCCUUGCGGCUGGAGAUGCCUCCUACACCCUCGCCUCCACCACGAUGAUCAGUGAAGGGACCUACAUUUGUUCAGUGUCCGUGAAUCCACUGUUCGCCAAGGUGGAUAUAUAUCUGCAGAUUGAAGAGUCUCCCCAUGUCUCCCUCAAUGUUGGAACCACCCUGUUAUUGCAGGAGGGCAAGGACUUGAUGGUUAAGUGUGAGGCAAAUGGCUACUACCCUCGGGAUGUGGAGAUAAUUUGGUAUGAGGAGGAUCCAGGCACUCCACAUCCCAAGCCACUGAACCAUAGUGUUCUGUUCAGCCACAAAGUAAAUGGGGACAAGACCUUCUUGCUGUCAGGUGUUUUCUACCUCCGGGCUGCGGUCAGGGACUCUGGGAAAAAGUUCACAUGUAGCGUCUCGCAUCAGUCCCUGAAAGUGCCCAUCACAAAGAGCUUCACCCUGAUUGUGGAAGAGCCAACCAACUGGAUGUUGUACCUUGUUGUGGGCUCUGUUGUGAUCCUGCUGUUGUAUGUGAAGCGGCGCUACCUGCACUCAGUGUGGAGAAGGUUGGUGCAGGUAAGGUGAUAUAAAAACAAAAAACAAAAAAGGGAAUGUGAAGCACCUUGAGAUGACUGUUGUUUUGGUGCUGUACAAAUAAAAUGGAAUUGAAUUGAAUUGAAAGGAAGAAAGGAAGAGGUUGUGGCCACAGACUGAAUAAGAGAGGUGAGCUGCUAAAUGAGUCUUCCUUCAGAGUCUUCACAGAUACAUCGACGGACUGAGG